CUUCUACCGCCGGUGGUUUGGCUUAAUCGAGUGUGGUGGAAUCAGAAAGGGGCAGCGCGCGACUGCUGCACGCGGCGAAGGCGUCCCACGGACACACUGCGGGUGCCGCCACGCGCAGCCCGGCCUCCGCUGCGCGCCGCCGCCACCAACCCCCAUAAAAGGCACAGCUGAGCCAGACCCACAGCGCGCGCGCGCCGCCGCGCAAGGACACAAGAUGCUCAUGAACGCCGACGAGUUCGACGACGACUUCGGGGACCCGCGGUCCAUGCGGUCCGGCAUCGCGGGUCUAGAUCUGGAGAGCAGCGGCGAGGCCAAACAAGAAAGCAAGUCGCCCUUGGACCGGCCGUCGCGGGGCCGCCACUCGCGCAAGAAGAAGAUGGCGCCUCCCUCCAUGGCGCCGCCGACCAUGAAGCCUCCCUCUAUGGCGCCGCCGCGCGACCUGUAUUCCGAGUCGAAGGACGAGGAAAAGUCGUCAGGUUUUGGCUCUGCGGGCGCCCUGGGCGAGUCGACGCAGUCCCGGGCGCGAGCCCUAGCGAAGCAGCGCCAGAUCCAGAUGCAGCGGCGCCAGCAGGCUUUGCAGGCUUCUACCAUGUCUCGGGGCGCCGCGCACAUGUCGUCUGAAGGCCAUACGUUCACGCCCGGCGUGGCCCAGUUCUCCGCACCUAGAGCCCAGAAGAACGUCCAGGAGUACGGCGCCUUCGGGCGAAGUCGGAGAGACGAUUUCAAUGAUGAACCUGAUCCGGCCUGGGGGUCUCGCAAAAAUCAGGAGAAGGACUACUCUGCAAGGAACGUUUCCAGAGAAGAACGCCAGUUCGGCGAGCGGUUCGCGCCCGUCGAUCAAAGGGAUAUGGCGUCGCCCUAUCGCAGUCGUAGAGAUGAGCGGGACGAGGAGCCUCCGCCUCGUAGGGAACGAGUCUACCGCGACGACGACGAGCGCUAUUCGAGACCGGUGCAGGAGGCGCGGGAGCGGGAGAGGAGGCGCGAUUACGAUGAUCGACAAUACGACGAGCCCUCGCCCCAGCGCUACGACGAGCCCUCGCCGGGCCGGGACCACCGGUCGAGCUACGACGACAGGAGACGUUAUGAUGAGGAGGACGAGUAUUUUGACCGGAGGAGGCGGGAGGAGCCGUCUCGCUCUCGUCGGGACGACUAUGACUAUGACGAUCGGGACCGGAGGCGUGACGACGACUACGAUCGGAGGCGCGACGAGUAUGACGACUACGACCGGCGCGAGCGACGGAGGGAGUCGCCGCCACCCAGAGAACGGGAACGUGAGCGCCGCAGGGACGACUCGCCGCCGCCUCGACGAGAACGCGAAGACCGUCGCAGAGACUAUUCUGAUGACGACGGCUACGACUCGCCGCCCCGACGACGUUCAGAUGACUCGCCUCCUCGCGGAUCGCCGGAACCGCGAGAACCGCGCGACGAGAAGAAGACGCGAAGAAGGAAGAAGGAGCGGAGCCCGUCUCCCGAACCCGAGGAGUACGAGGACGAGCGCGGUCCCAGUCCGGCCUCGGAGACGCCGUCAGCACCGGAAUUCGACGCCUCAGCCUUAGAUUUGAGGGACAUGCGCAAGUUCCUCACGACAGCCUGUCCGCGACGGGCCGGCGUCGUCCAGUGCUCCAUCAAAAGGAACCGAAGCGGCACGAACAAAUUGUUCCCGGAGUAUGCCGUCUACAUGAAGGAGGGCGAUAGGUUCUUGAUGUGUUCGAAGAAGCGGCCGAACAACAAGACGUCGAACUACCUUAUAAGUAUGGGCGAGGGCGAUCUCAAACGGAACUCGAAGAACUACAUUGGCAAGUUGCGAGCUAAUUUUGCGGGCACGGAGUUCCAGGUCUUCGAUUCGGGUGCCAAUCCCUCUUUGAUUGAUACUGGCUCGUCGGAGAGAUGCGAGCUGGGUGCCGUCGUCUACACGGCGAACGUUCUUGGGAGCAGAGGUCCGCGCAAGAUGCAAGCAGCGGUACCCAAACUAGAUCGGGACGGCAAAAGUCGUAGUAUUGAUGUCCUAGCGAAGCUGAAAGCGCAAGAUAAAAAUGACAUCACGUACACGAUCAACAAGCCGCCCCGAUGGAACGACCAGGUCGGUGCCUACGUGCUCAAUUUCAACGGGCGAGUCACGAUGGCGUCGGUCAAGAACUUCCAGCUCGUCGAGCCCGACGAGCAGGACGCGGUCCUCCUGCAGUUCGGACGGGUCGGGAAAGACGAGUUCACGAUGGACUUUCGCUACCCGCUCACGCCGUUCCAGGCCUUCGCGAUCACGCUGUCGAGCUUCGACUCGAAGAUCGCGUGCGACUAGCCACCGCGCAAUUCCCUCCCCCCCAGUAGUGUUCCUGCCUAAGGAGCUAUAUUUUUA